AUGGUGCCUUUGUAUGCUCUCCAACGAAUCGAUCUUUACAAUUGGGGCCGAGACAAAGAAUCCCUCCCAGUUCAAGUUCAGGUUCAGGGGAAGCGAUGCCACGAUUUUGAAAACAAGGAUGAAAAAUUUGGAGAGGUGGAUUUGUUGCUUCACACUAGUCACGAUGAAAGAGUGACGCACUACGGACUGCAAGGACGGUCCACCAAUGUGGUUCCUAUCACCAGCGAAUCGCUCACGAAGAAACACAGUAUCUUCCAGGAUGUGAUGGUCAAGAUUAUCUGGCGAGAGGCGAGUCGCACCAGCGAGCCGGACAUCUUGGGCAAGGUUAAAGAGACUGCUGAGGCGCACGAUACCGUCAAAGACCAUACUCCCCAGCUGCUCUGGCACCACAAGUUCACGAAUCCCACGUCCGUCAUUCAAGAAGCGCUCGGUGUUCCGGAACCCACUACAGGCAGUCGCGUGCUCUAUAUUCUUGUAUUCCGCAAGCUCCUCCCCAUCACUCAGCUUCACGGCAAAGAGCUUUUUGACGUCUGGCGUCAGUGUAUUUCAUGGGUAUACCAUCGAGAUGUCAGUCCUGGAAACCUGAUGUGGUAUUGGAGAAACGGCAAGCGGAUAGGCGUUUUGAACGACUAUGAUCUAUCCUCAUUGGCGGAUGACCCAGGUCCUAGGGGCAACGAGCGCACGGGCACGGUACCGUUCAUGGCGCUCGAUCUUCUCACCAAAGAUGAUCAGCAAGGCACAGUCAAACACCUAUAUCGCCACGAUCUAGAAUCGUUUAUGUGGGUUUUCGCCUGGAUUUGCUUGCGUUAUAGGCAGGGAGUCCUACUACGGAGAUUGCGCCCUCUCGACGAGUGGGCGACUUCAGACGCUAUUGCAUGUUGCAAGGAGAAGUUAGACUUCCUCCACAAUCUGACCCCUUUUCCGCCCUUGGACAUAGACAAGCUCACAUGGGGAGUCCUCGUGAACUGUAUGUUGGUGCUUAAAAGGGAUGCCGACAACCGAUACUAUCUUCGCUUUACAUCGAGUUCGGGAGAAAGCCAGCAGCCCAAUGCCGAGGACUCGGAUCUCGAUGCUUUUCUAUCCAAAUUUACCAGCCUAGAUCAUUGGGUUGAGCUCAGCAAACCUGAGAAAUUUUUUAUACCCUGCAAACGGUGUUCUGCGCAUCGAUACUUGUAACUUUCAGUCAUGGACUCACGAUACAACAACGUUACUCCAGCGUUUGUCCCCACCUAAUUAUUUCCCCAUUUGUGACCUUUACUUGGUUUCGGCCACACAUCAUUUUUCGACAGAGAUCUAAAGUUGCUCAUGUCUAGCGUCGCGUGUCAAGGAUAGAAGUGGUACGCUAUGUACUCCCAGUGUAUUUGGAAGUUGAAUGGUCUAGCAUAUGUGUAACAUCAUGGCGAUGGACGGGCCGUCAGUGCUCGCUUUUGAAGAG